UCAAUCCUCUUUGAUCCGGGCCUUAAUAAAAAUUGGAGUGUUGUGAGGAGUUACCGCUCCAUUUUAGAAAAUUAUUCUAAUAAUUGAGUUAUUUGUUUUAGCUUGAGUGUCAACGUUCCAAAGCUUCUCUUUGGCCCUGGCAGCUUCUCCUAUAAUCCCUGGUUUUGAUAAGUCCAUUCGAUCGAUUCACAUAUUCAUGGUAAAUUCGGCCUUGGCUAACCAUUUUAUCAGCUGUGUUUAUUGUAAAGACGAUGUAUACAUCAUGUCAACUAAUAUUCUAAGAACACUACGCUUAUUUUAUACUUAACCGCAACGUUACAACUGCUUAUUGGUCAAGCAACUGAUUGGGAGACAUUAAUGUGCACCCAUAAAAAAUUAAUAUUUCUACUAUUUGACGGGUAACCUUGAAUUGUCUUUGAAAAAUAUAUUUUUGUUAUGUUUGGUGGAUUAAAAUUGUUGUGAAAACUUGUGUGUUGGUGAAAAGUUACUAUUACAGAUUAUACAAAUCCAGUUUCAAACUACUACACUGUGCCAUUAGCAUACGCCAUGGUGCAAUGUUUUGCACAAUUGCCAGUCUUUUGAAUUUAAUGCUCAUACGGAAUUUGAUUUAUCGAGCUUAUAUGACUGAUGAUAAAAAGCAUCGACAUUGUCCAAAAAAUUCAACCCAUUCUGCGACUUUCCUGUAGUGCCACUUUGAGUGAUUAGAGAUUUGCUCACGAAUGGAAAACAAUGGGAUAAGCGAAUGACGCAAUACUUCAGAUUUUUGGAUUACUUGAGAUCCACAUGGACGACAGAAGAUUCAGUUGGUCAAAGUCAGAUGUUUACGGUCACCAGCUGAAUAGAAUGAUCCAGAAUGACAGUUGGCGUAAUUUUAGAAUACCUGGCUGAAAUCUAACAUAAUUAUAGUCGCUGGACAAAUGGAGAGAAUGUCGAUAUCAAAAAUAAUGAGGACCAUGCAUAAUAUAUUGUUUUUAUUUAUCAUCCUCGGAUCUUCGGUUUUAACUCUGCAAGAGAAUGGGGACCGAAGUACAGGACUCAUUCCCGAAGGAGAUGACCCGCUGCUCUUAAUUGCCACUCUUAGUGGCUCCUUCAUGGGUGUCGGCCAAAGAACAGGAGAAAUUCGUUGGAGCCACGACAAUGAGCCCGUGGUCAAGGUCCCCUAUGAUGUAUCCGAGAGAUUAUCUCCAAUGUUUCUCCCCGAUCCUAAGGACGGUUCGCUGUACCUUUAUGGAGUUGAAUUCGAUGUCUUGAAAAAGCUCCCAUUCACAAUUCCCCAAUUAGUUGCCAAUAGUCCCUGUCGAAGUAGCGAUGGAAUUCUCUACACCGGUCGUAAAAUCGAUACUUGGUUCAGCAUAGAUCCAGUAAGUGGAAAACGAAAGCAAUUUCUAGGGUUUGAAGAAGCUGAUAGUACCUGUCCGUUGGACAUUCAGGAUGCAAUUUUCGUUGGACGUACAGAGUACAAUAUAAUAAUGAUUGACAGCAAGCAAAAAGACCGAAGGUGGAACAUAACGUUUUACGACUAUUCAGCAUCAAAAAUCGACGAUGCAUCGGACGAUUAUGAUCUUGUACACUUUACAACGAGCUCUACUGGUAGAGUUGUUACGUUGGAUCGAAGGCAAGGAAUGGUCCUUUGGGAGUUAGAUCUCAACAGUCCAGUAAUUGGUAUAUAUACUAUGAGUAAAGAUGGUUUAGUAACCAUUCCCUUCACCAGUGUGGCUCAAGGGACCCUCGAUAAUCUCCUUCAGAGGUUCAGCUCCAAACCCAGUGAUAUACAAUUAUUUCCAACGUUGUAUAUUGGAGAACACCUCCACGGACUUUACGCUCUACCGUCCCUAGUUGAUUCUUCUACAGCCACAAUCUCCAGCAACAGUCGGCACCUCCUCCUCGAGGGCCCAAAUAUCCUUCCUCAAAUUGGACAAAAUGAUAAUAGCAUUUCUCCCGAAGAGAGCUUUACAGGUGGUAAUGAGCAAUCCGGGAAUAAGUUCCUGGAUGAAUUUUCUCAAGAGAAUGAUAUAAUUGUUCUUGGACAUUAUAAAGCACCCGCAGAAUAUAAACCACAGAUUCAGCCCUUACAGAUUACUGGACCAUCUGAUCCGAUAAUUCGGACGGAAGAAAAAGGCAACAUUUCGACGAAAAUUACAAUUAUCGUGCAGGGUCUUGAUGAACUUGGCAAUAGUACGGAUUAUAGAGAAUGGAGGAAAAUAUUUAUUGUAGCAUACAAUGGUACGAAGAAGUGGCUGAAUCAGCAGGAAAAUAAAGGGUUGAAGCUAGCGCUCAUUAUUCUUGUUGGAUGUGUAAUUACGAUGUUUUGGUACUUGAAUGCUCAGUUUAAGGAGUUCCAGCAGUUAUCUCAGGGCUCCAGAGAAAACAGCAGAACUAACAGCACUGGAGGGAGAAGUGGGAUAACGACGGUACCUGAAGAAAUUGGAGAAGGCGCAGUAAAAGUGGGGAAGAUUGUAUUUCAUAUCGAUAAAGUUUUGGGAAAGGGGUGUGAAGGAACUUUUGUCUACAAAGGAGAAUUCGAUGGACGGUCUGUUGCCGUGAAACGACUACUGCCCGAUUGCUUCACAUUUGCUGACAGGGAAGUGGCACUCUUGAGAGAAUCCGAUGCUCACGCUAACGUCGUUAGAUAUUUUUGCACCGAGCAGGAUAGGAUGUUCAGAUAUAUAGCACUGGAACUGGCUGAAGCAACACUGCAGGAUUAUGUUGUCGGGAAUUAUGAUAGGCAAUCCAUUUCUGUCAAGAAUAUUUUACUUCAAUCAACUUCUGGACUCGCUCAUCUACAUUCUCUUGAUAUUGUUCACAGAGACAUAAAACCGCAGAACGUAUUGCUGUCAUCUCCAGGAGCACGGGGCGAGAUACGCGCCAUGAUAUCUGACUUCGGUCUCUGCAAGAAAUUACAAUUAGGACGUAUGUCAUUUUCCCGUCGAUCAGGAGUGACUGGUACCGAUGGUUGGAUAGCCCCCGAGAUGCUGAACGGUGAACGAACAACGUGCGCCGUCGAUAUUUUUUCCCUCGGCUGUGUCUUCUACUAUGUUUUAUCAAAUGGAAAACACCCAUUCGGUGAUACACUCCGCAGGCAAGCAAACAUUCUGUGUGGAGAAAGUGACUUAUCCUUUCUCCACGAUGUUCACGAUCAUAACAAAGAACUAGCUCUAGUUCUAAUCAGAGCAAUGAUUGACAGUGAUCCCACCAGUCGACCUCCAGCUGUUGCGGUUGAGCGUUUUCCUUUUUUCUGGAACUCGGCGAGAAUUCUUAAUUUUUUCCAGGACAUAAGUGACAGAGUGGAAAAGGACGAGCCAAACAGUCCAGCCCUCCUGUCUCUGGAAGCUGGAGGGAGUCAAGUCGUUUAUUCUGACUGGAGACAGCGUAUAGACCUUGAAGUCGCUAAUGACUUGAGAAAGUACAGAAGUUACAAAGGUCAGAGUGUGAGAGAUCUUCUGCGAGCACUGAGAAAUAAAAAACAUCACUACAGAGAAUUAACUGCAGAGGCUCAAGCAAGCCUAGGCGACAUCCCAGAAAAAUUUACAGAAUAUUGGUUAUUGAGGUUCCCCUCUCUUCUCAGCCACAGUUGGUGUGCAAUGCAAAGGUUUAGGAAAGAACCCACUCUUCAGGAUUAUUACGAUCCCGAGUACGAAUACACAACGUAUUCCGCUUAUGAGCAGGUAGUUAAUGUGCCAAGAAGAGUGAGUAGUGAGGAUGCCCUUUCAGAGCAUGAUUCGCCCACUUCUAGAACUCCAAAUUGGAGAUUCAGAAAUGGUGACGAUUGGAGUCCUAAUCGAUCCCGGUUUAGAUCAUAUAAGAGGAAGAAUCAAGAGAGAAAGAAAAACGAGGGGGCCUUAAUCUGGACAUUACCAUCUGCCAGUUGAGUUUUAUCGUUUUCCUUUCGUUUUGCAUUGUCAAGGUAUUUCUGCGACAAUAACUUGUGAUAUUUCUUAUGGUCAAUGACAUAACCUACUGGUCAUUAUGUACAAUAUAGGAGUAGAUGUGAAUGUCCAUUCUUUUUUAUCACUUUAGCAUUCGAAAAGGGUUGGUUUCAUUGGAAAUACUCCAAUCCCUUAAUUUUUUUCUUUCAAGUUUAAUUAGUUUUUCCAUUUCGUACAGAAUAUAUUUAAUUGUAUCGGAAUAAAAUGUAUGUAUACAUAUGUAUUAGUUUAUCGCAAGUAUCGAGGCAAUGGGCACAGACACGUUUAUAUUAUAAAUAGAAUAUUCAAUUUGAUAUAACUGAAGUUUAAGUGACAAAUUGAUUGAAUGCAGAUAAUAUUAUGUGAAUACUAUAUUUCUGUAUACUUUACACGAUUUUAUUGAUGGUGUUUCACUGAGAGUGAGUGAAAUAAAUUAUGAUAAAAAAUUAAUCAAAAAUGUCUAAACAAUGCACAUUGCAAUUUGUAUUUUUUUAUCACACAAUAUUGGUAGUUAUGCAGAAAAAAUUCAAGUUUUCUUAAGAAAGAGAAACAGAAUCGCAAAAACCUCCAAUUAAGGUCCUUCUAUUUAGAAGUUGAAAGAAAUUAGUACGAUGUAUAGUUAUUCAAAUACCGUACCUCUAAUUAUUGUCGCAUGAUUAUCACAUAUCCCAUUAAAACUUCAAACCAUAAAUUAGUUCCAUCCAAGAAUUCGCAUCGGUUGAACUUUGAGUUCUCGAUAAAACUGAAGCACCCCUAAUUAAACUGCGACAAAAUCUGCAGAUUUUUUUAUAAAAUUUUAUCAAUUAUUUUUAUAUACACAUGU